ACGCUCUGCCAUCUUGCCGUGCCGCCAUACCCCCGCCCGAUACCCAUUCUCAUUGUAGGCAGACUCAUUCCCAAUCUACGGAGAGAACCACCCGAAAGCUUCCUCUAACACGGGGCUUGAGCUUGAUUUCUCGUCCCUGCGUGGCACGACUACGUAGUCUGUUUGACUCGAACUUGAGCUCAAACUCAACCCCACCCGGGUCGGCAUGCCUGUCGGAUUGUCACAGAUCCCUACCCUACGCGAGCUGUAUAGAGCAUCCGUGCUCAAGCUGCAAGAUGUCUCAAAGCUUCGCCACCAGCCAAGGGGUUCCCUGUUGGACCGUAUAUCCCUCUACCAAGGAGACAUUACGCAGUUGAAAGUAGAUUGCAUUGUGAAUGCAGCAAACAGAAGUCUACUCGGCGGCGGCGGAGUUGACGGAGCGAUCCACGAUGCUGCUGGUCCGGAGCUACUGGAAGAGUGCCGCACCCUCGAUGGCUGUGACACUGGUGAUGCGAAGAUCACGAAAGGAUACGAACUACCUUCGAAAUAUGUAAUCCAUACCGUCGGCCCUGUGUACUCUUUUUCCAAAGCUGACGGGAAGGCUCAACAAUUGGCAUCGUGCUACAAGACGAGCUUGCAAAUCGCAACGGAGAAGUCGCUGAAGCACAUCGCAUUUCCUUCCAUCUCUACUGGUGUAUACGGAUAUCCAAUUGAAGACGCCACUCACAUUGCAUUGAAUACCGUACGAGAGUUUCUAGACUCAUCAGAUGAAGAUAUCCUGGAUCGAGUUAUAUUCGUUGUAUGGAGCAACACUGAUAAGCAUGUCUACGAGGAUCUUCUUUCUCUCUACUUCCCUCCUGAAGCCAAGGAGCAGAAGGAGUAGAGAAUGUUCAAAGUCGGACGUCACGUUGGAAUGUUAAUCAGACAGCAGGCAAAAUAAUUGUAUUGUCUGCGUUCUGCGUUCACAUAGUUGUUGGAGAGGUAUGGCUACGCCUCCCCUCCGCCCCAAGCCUACUCUAUUUCCCCGCAACUCCACUGCGGCGAUCAAACAUCAGAGUUGGAUCCGACUCGGACAUGUACCAUGAUUAGGACCACGCUUCUCGUUCGGACCCAGAGCGGCAAAGGCGGGCCGCUGUGGGCCGUGUGCAACAUAUCCCAGUCUGCGGCUUCUUCUUCUUCUACUGCACUCGUGACCAUUCACUGCCCUAUUCGUUUCUCGACUGGAUGAAUCUUAGGCCUGGUUCGUUACGCUGCCUAAGAAAUAGGCGGCCAUCAUGCCUCGUUCCCCGGCCCUAG